CGAAGCGCGCCGGAAAUGUGGGGUUCGCCGCGCGCCGCUAAAGCUGAGGGAAGGAAGUUGGCCUCCGGGCGGCCUGGGCUGUGUGGGCAAGGCCGCGGGCGGCAUCGGGGGCUGCUUCGACCACCUGAGGGCGGCACGAUGGGCGACGAGAUGGAUGCCAUGAUCCCCGAGCGGGAGAUGAAGGAUUUUCAGUUUAGAGCUCUCAAGAAGGUGAGAAUCUUUGACUCUCCUGAGGAGUUGCCCAAGGAACGCUCGAGUCUACUUGCCGUGUCCAACAAAUACGGUCUGGUCUUCGCUGGUGGAGCCAGUGGGUUGCAGAUUUUUCCUACUAAAAAUCUCCUUAUUCAAAAUAAACCUGGAGACGAUCCCAAUAAGAUAGUUGAUAAAGUUCAAAGCUUGCUAGUGCCUAUGAAAUUCCCGAUACAUCACCUGGCCCUGAGCUGUGAUAACCUCACCCUCUCCGUGUGUAUGAUGUCCAGUGAAUAUGGUUCCAUUAUCGCUUUUUUUGAUGUUCGCACAUUCUCCAAUGAGGCUAAACAGCAGAAACGCCCAUUUGCCUAUCAUAAGCUUUUGAAAGAUGCAGGAGGCAUGGUAAUCGAUAUGAAGUGGAACCCCACUGUUCCCUCUAUGGUGGCAGUUUGUCUGGCCGAUGGCAGCAUCGCUGUCCUGCAAGUCACAGAAACAGUGAAAGUGUGUGCGACUCUUCCUUCCACAGUGGCAGUAACGUCUGUGUGCUGGAGCCCCAAGGGAAAGCAGCUGGCUGUGGGAAAGCAGAAUGGAACUGUGGUCCAGUAUCUUCCUACUUUACAGGAAAAAAAAGUCAUUCCUUGUCCUCCGUUUUAUGAAUCAGAUCAUCCCGUCCGAGUUCUGGAUGUGCUGUGGAUUGGUACAUAUGUCUUCACGAUAGUGUAUGCCGCUGCAGAUGGGACCUUGGAGACUUCUCCAGACGUGGUGAUGGCUUUACUUCCGAAAAAAGAAGACAAGCACCCAGAGGUGUUCGUGAACUUCAUGGAGCCCUGCUACGGCAGCUGCGCGGAGAGGCAGCACCAUUACUACCUCAGCUAUGUUGAAGAGUGGGAUUUAGUGCUGGCAGCCUCGGCGGCUUCAACAGAAGUUAGUAUCCUUGCUCGACAAAGUGACCAGAUUAAUUGGGAAUCUUGGCUCCUGGAGGAUUCUAGUCGAGCUGAACUGCCUGUGACAGACAAGAGUGAUGAUUCCUUGCCCAUGGGAGUUGCCAUAGAUUACACUAACCAAGUGGAAAUCACCAUCAAUGAUGACAAGACUCUUCCUCCUGCUCCAGUUCUUAUGUUGCUUUCAACAGAUGGUGUGCUUUGUCCAUUUUAUAUGAUCAAUCAAAAUCCUGGGGUUAGGUCCCUCAUGAAGACACCAGAGCGGCUGUCCUUGGAAGGAGAGCGACAACCCAAGUCAUCAGGAAGUACUCCUUCUACCCCAACCUCCUCUCAGGCCCCGCAGAAGCUCGAUGCUUCAGCAGCUGCAGCUCCUGUCUCUGUUGCACCUUCAUCGCUGGCUGCUCCCACCUCCACCUUCUCUUUGCCUUCUGCUGUUGGAGCCCCUGCCGUGUUCUCCUUUGGUUCUUCGUCCUUGAAAUCAUCUGGCUCCGUCACUGGGGAGCCCCCUCCAUAUUCCAGUGGCUCUGACAAUUCCAAAGCAGCCCUGGGCUCUGGUGCAUCCAUCUUCUCUUUUGCUCCUCCUUCUCAAGCCUCCCUAGCCCCGACCCCUGCAGCCUCUCCCUUGGCAUCAUCAGCUGCGUCAUUCUCCUUUGGAUCAUCGAGUUUUAAGCCUACCCUGGAAAGCACGCCACUGCCAAAUGUGUCAGCUCCAAACAUAGGCAUGAAGCCCUCCUUCCCACCACCGCCCUCUACAGUCAAGGUCAACCUUAGCGAAAAGUUUACUGCUGUGGCCACCUCCGCUCCCGUUAAUAGCUCGCAGAGCACACCAUCCAUGGUGCCCUUCUCCUCUGCCUCCAAGCCGGCUCCUUCUGGACCUCCUGGCCACCCUGCACCUCCCUCAGCAUCGUCCACUUCCAUGUCGUCAAAGUCGUCAGUCUCUCCCUCAGCAGCAGCAGGGCGAUCUGCUCAGGGCAGUCCAAGUCCAGUGCCCUCAACGGUGCAGAAAUCGCCUAGGAUAACCCCCCCAGUGGCCAAGUCGGGCUCUCCCCAGGCAAAAUCACUUCAGCCUCCUGUCACAGAAAAGCAGGGACAUCAAUGGAAAGAGUCUGAUCCUGUGAUGGCUGGCAUUGGGGAGGAGAUCGCUCACUUUCAGAAGGAGUUGGAAGAGUUGAAAGCCCGAACUUCCAAAGCCUGUUUCCAAGUGGGCACGUCCGAGGAGAUGAAGAUGCUGCGGACAGAAGCAGAUGACUUGCACACCUUUCUCUUAGAGAUUAAAGAGACCACAGAGUCUCUUCAUGGAGAUAUCAGUACCCUGAAAACAACUUUACUUGAGGGUUUUGCUGGUGUUGAAGAAGCCAGAGAACAAAAUGAGAGAAAUCGUGACUCUGGAUAUCUACAUCUGCUCUAUAAGAGACCGCUGGAUCCCAAGAGUGAAGCUCAGCUCCAGGUAGGAGAGUCCAGCCGAAGUGUGCUGUUUCAAGCAAACUCCUAUAGCAACCACUCUCCUUUUUGAAGUAUGGGUUUGGAUGACUGCCCUUAUGAAGUUGUUAAUUUCUUGUGAAUAAUUUACUAUGACCCAUAGACUUCCUUAACUAUAACAUAGACAAUGGCACGUUUCUACUUAGUGAUUUUUGGAUUAAACAAAAAACAGAAUUCUUUUUCUUCCCCUAAAUUAUAUUUAGCUUUUUUUACCCUCCCUA